AUGGCUCGUUUAAUUAAAUCAAUGUUUUCUUUUCUGUUCACAGACACCAGUUCCAGUCAUCUGAAUCUGUUCAACUCGAGGUCGCAGCCCAAGAAGAAGCGCAAGUCUCGCACCGCGUUCACCAACCACCAGAUAUUCGAGCUGGAGAAGCGAUUCCUGUACCAGAAGUACCUGUCGCCCGCCGACAGGGACGAGAUCGCGUCCAGCCUGGGCCUGACGAACGCGCAGGUCAUCACGUGGUUCCAGAACCGCCGGGCAAAGAUGAAGCGCGACUAUGAGGAGCAGAAGAAGGACCGGGAGACGCUGGCCGCCCUCAGUGAGCACAAGAUAUUCUUGGAGACGGCCCAGAACAUGGGAAUACUCAAGAAGAAACCUCAACCAGCUAUGGCGGUGGCGGCCGCGUGUGGUUCGCCCACCGAUCACCUGUUGCAGCAGCAGCAGCAACAGCAGCAGCCGGUCAAGUACGACGAAUGA